UCUCUCUCAACUCUCCACAUAACAGCUUUCUCUACACUUUCUGUUUGAUCAGCAAAAAGAAAAGAAGAGAAAGACGAGAAAGAACUGUUUCAUUAACUCAAAAUAAAGAAGUACAUUGAGAUAAUAAGUUCUCAUUCAACAGCUUUAUCUACACUUGCAAGAAAGCUAGUUAUGGCUAUAGAGAUUGAGCAACAAUCAUCAUCAGUUGGGCUAUCGAGAGUUGCAGUUUCUGAAACUCAUGGAGAGGACUCUCCAUAUUUUGCAGGAUGGAAAGCGUACGACGAAAACCCUUACGACGAAUCAAACAACCCAUCAGGAGUCAUUCAGAUGGGAUUGGCUGAAAAUCAAGUUUCAUUUGAUUUGCUAGAAGAGUUCUUGGAAAAGCAUUCAGAAGAAGCCAGCUGGGGGAAAAAAUCUUCUGGCUUUAGGGAGAAUGCUUUGUUUCAAGAUUAUCAUGGACUACAGUCUUUCAGAAAGGCAAUGGCAAGUUUCAUGGAACAAAUAAGAGGGGGAAGAGCAAAAUUCAACCCUGAUAGAGUUGUUCUAACAGCCGGUGCAACAGCAGCCAAUGAGUUGUUAACCUUCAUUUUAGCCGAUCCCGGUGAUGCUUUGCUUGUUCCAACACCUUACUAUCCAGGAUUUGAUAGAGAUUUGAGGUGGAGGACCGGCGUAAAGAUUGUACCGAUUCACACUGACAGUUCCAACAAUUUCCAAGUCACUCCUCAAGCUCUAGAAGAUGCAUAUAACAGUGCACAAGCCAUGAACAUCAAAGUGAGAGGAGUACUCAUAACAAACCCCUCAAAUCCCCUCGGUGCCGCCCUUGACCGGUCAGUCCUGGAAGAAAUCCUAGACUUCAUAACCUGCAAAAACAUCCACCUAGUCUCUGACGAAAUCUACUCGGGAUCCGUAUUCUGUCCGUAUGAAUUCAUCAGCGUGGCAGAAAUACUCAAAUCCCGAGGCUACAAAGAUAGUGAGAGGGUCCAUAUUGUCUAUAGCCUUUCCAAAGAUCUAGGCCUACCAGGCUUUAGGGUUGGGGCUAUUUACUCAUACAAUGACAAGGUUGUGACAACUGCUAGACGAAUGUCAAGCUUCACUUUGGUCUCUUCUCAAACACAACAACUCUUGGCUUCCAUGUUAUCAAACAAAGAGUUCACAGAGAAUUACAUAAAGACAAACAGGCAAAGGUUGAAGAAGAGGUAUCAGAUGAUCAUCGAUGGGUUGAGAAUGGCCGGUAUUGAGUGUUUACGAGGGAACGCGGGGUUAUUUUGCUGGAUGAAUUUGAGCCCAUUGCUGGAGAAACCUACAACAGAGAGUGAAUUGGAGCUUUGGAAUGAAGCUUUGAGAGAGAUGAAGUUGAAUAUAUCUCCAGGGUCCUCUUGCCAUUGUUCCGAGCCAGGUUGGUUCAGGGUUUGCUUUGCUAAUAUGAGUGAGCAAACACUUGAAGUAGCUCUCAAGAGAAUACAUAAUUUCAUGGAACAAAGGAAGAUGAGGAGUAAAAUUGUUCUCUGUUCUUAGUUACAUUAUUUUUUGGAUCAAACCCAUUUCAAGAACUGGGUUAUAGUGUCGGAUAAGUUGUUUUGAAAGAGCAAGGUUCCUCUAAAAUUUUUUUUUCUUAAAGUUUUCUAGAGUGGUACAUUGUGUGGUUGAGAUUUAAUGACAAGUCACAUUAAUUUUUCAACAUUAAAUCUCGACCACAAAAUACACCAUUUUAGGAAACUUUAAGAAAAAAACACUCUAGAGGAUCCUUGGUGGUUUUGGAAUUGACUUUUUUUUUAGUCAUUUUUUAACUUUUUGCAAAAAGUCAUGCAAAAAAAUAAAGAGAAGAGUUAACUUUUUUGUAAACUUUCUGAAUUUUUUACUAAAAUGUUGCCUUCCCAAAAUAAGUCUGAUUUGAGAAUUUGAAAUACAAAUUUUUAGCUCCUUUUUGGUUCAGCAAGUCCUGUAUCAAUUAUAUACAUA